AUGCCAUGUUACAUAAGUAUACGCAUAAGCAAUAUUAAUGUCUCUAUAUUAAAUAGCACAAUAAAAAAAUUAGUAACUAUGAUACCACAUAUUAAUGAACAGAGAUUAUUUAAAACAGAGUAUUCCAGCAGUUCACAUAAUUACAUGAAUGAUCCAACUAGAAAUAAUAAUGAAAAAGUAAAAAGAAAUAAUGACAAUACAAAUGAUCUUAAGUGCACGUAUUAUUCGAGUGAGUAUAUUUCAAAUGAUAUAUUAAGUAUGAGUAGUGAAAAAAAAUAUAAAAGAAUAUUAUUAAUUGAGAAAUAUACUAAGUAUGAUAAUUUAAGAAAACAAGGUUUCAAAGAUGAUUAUAUUUUAAAAAAUUUUUUCUCUGUUUAUAUAUCGCAUUUUACUCAUACACUUAUAGUUAACAAUAUUAUUAACUUAUUAAGAACAAAAUAUAUGUGCCAUGUGUCUAUAUUAAAGGCUUACAAAAGAAAUAUAGAAAAUAUAUUCAUAACUAGCUCGAGUGUCUUUUCCCCAGAUGCAAUAUUCAGUGUUGGCGGAGAUGGAACCUACCUCGAAUCAGCACAUAUAAUUGCGAAUAAAUACAUAAUAGACAAAAACGAGAAUAGAAAGAACAAGCCAAUUGAACUCGUUGGAAUAAACAGUGAUCCUAAAAGAUCAGAAGGGAAAUUGUGCUUAGAUUAUUUUCAUUUAGAUCUAGAAAGGAAAAUUAAUUUUACGUAUGAAUCAUAUAACGAAUUUGAAAAAAUGUACAGCAAAAAAAAAAAAAAAAGAAAUUUUUUAUUCACAGACGUCUCUAAUUUUAUUAAUAAACUAAAAGAAAGAGAAAGAAGAGGAAUAAUAUAUAACGAAAUAGGAGAAAACAAAAAAGAACGGAUUAAUUUUGAAAAUGCCAACACAAUAAAUAACAUCUUACAAAAUAAUAGUUUGUCUUUUAAUGAGUCAUUAGAAAAAAGCUGCACGAGGACACAGGAUAAUACUCAUUUUAAGAAUAUCUGUUUGGAAAAUAAUAAAAAAAAAGGUGCUAUAAAAGAGGCGGAAAACGAAGGAGGGGAAGAAGUAAAAGCAGAUAAAACAGAAGCAAAAGUAGAAAAAACAGAACCAAAAGCAAAAGACGUAGAAGACAAGGAGGACUUCGAAGCAGAAACAGAUGUGGGAAAAAAAGGAAAAGAAAAGAAAAGAAAUACCGUCAUAGAUGGUAUGCUCAUAUGUGAAUCCUCCAAUCAUAUUAUUGAAAAACCGGAAAACUUUAUUAUUAGUGUUGAAGAAUAUGCAAAAAAUACGUUAAGGUAUUUCUUUGAAACAGAUACAUAUAAAAAGAUAUAUAGGAAAUAUAUUACGGUUUUUAUUAAAAGAUCUGAACAGGAUAAAGUUGAAACAUACAAAAGUAUUAAUGAGGUAUAUAUAUAUGAAGCAAUAAAAAAUAAUAUUUGUACAUAUAUAAAUAUUGAUAACAAAAUUGUUAAAAAAUUAAAAAGUACUGCUUUAUUAAUAACAAGUGGUACAGGAUCAACUGCAUGGGCCUAUAAUGUAAAUAAAAUUGAUAAAAAAAAAAUGAAAAAUAUAAUUGAAGAAUUUAUAAAUAUACAAAAUGAUAUUGUGAAAAAAAAUAUAGAAAAUAUUAAUUUCGAUAUAUUCUCUGAAUAUAUUAAUAAUUCUAUUUGUUUUCACCCAAGUAGUAAAUAUAUGAAAUGUAUAGUAAAAGAGCCUGUAGAAAAUACUGUAUAUGAUUCAACGGAUCAUAUAUACAAUUGUAAUUAUAUUGAUAUAAAAACAUGUACAAGUAAUACUAUUGUUUAUAUAGAUGGUAUAUAUAACAUUAAAAUCCAGCCCAACGAUUCUGUUAUAUUGUACAUUAAAGAGGACGAUUUUAUUAUAAGUUACAAAUAA